CCAGCAAUCCAUGUGCAGGUUGUUCCAAAGUCUGCAUGCAUCUGGGAAGUCAUCGCCUGUGAGGGAAGCCAGCCACAGGGCCUGGGUGCGCCUGGGUGCAGCAAAGGAGUGACGACCACCUGACCACAGUCCAGCAACUACACCACAGAAGAGGAGGUGGUGGAGGAAACCAUGUCGAACGUUAUCCUGGAAGGCAUCUUUCUGAAACGAUCUCAGCAGAAGAAAAAGACUUCCCCUCUCAACUUCAAGAAGCGCCUCUUUCUGCUGACGGAGAGCAAGCUCUCCUACUACGAGUAUGACUUUGAGCGCGGGCGACGAGGAAGUAAGAAGGGGUCGGUGGACAUUGAGAAAAUCACCUGUGUGGAGACCGUGAUGCCAGAGAACAAUCCUCCCCCGGAACGGCGGGUCCCACAAAAAGGAGAGGAUUUAAAUGAGACAGAACAGAUCUCCAUCAUAGAGCGUCUACCCUUUCCAGAUGAGGUGUUGUAUGAUGAAGGACCCCUCUAUGUCUUCUCGCCAACAGAGGAUUUACGAACCCGGUGGGUUCACCAGCUGAAGAAAGUGAUCCGCUAUAACAGCAACCUGGUGCAGAAAUAUCACCCUUGCUUGUGGACUGACGGCCUCUACCUCUGCUGCUCCCAGACAGCCAAGCUGGCCAUGGGCUGCAAACUUGUGGAGAGUCGAACUGGAAGUUUCAGAAAUGUCCAUUCUCACCACAAAGUAGAGAAGCCUCUACCGCCCACUCCAGAGGAGGAACAGAUAAUGAACAAGCCAUUGCCCCCCGAGCCAACCGCCAGUUCCCCUUCCAAGAUGAAGAAGGUUGUGGCGCUCUACGACUACACCCCGAUGAACGAACAGGACUUGCAACUGCAGAAGGGAGAAGAGUACCUUAUAUUGGAGGAGAGCAACGACUUGUGGUGGAGAGCCCAGAACCAGAACGGGGAAGACGGUUACAUUCCAAGCAAUUAUGUCACUGAAGCAAGAGAUUCCCUGGAGAUAUUUGAAUGGUAUUCCACUUCCCGUGAAAUGUUAGUGGUGUCCUCUGCUCUUACAUUCCAGGGCAAAGAUGGAGGUUUCAUUGUCCGGGAUUCCGUGAGCAAGACAGGAAAAUACACUGUCUCUGUUUUUGCCAAGUCGGCAGGGGAACCCCAGGGGACGAUCCGCCAUUACGUCGUGUGCUCCACGCCCCAGAACCAGUACUUUCUGGCAGAGAAGCAUCUCUUCGACACCAUUCCAGAACUCAUCAACUAUCAUCAACACAACUCAGCUGGGCUUAUUUCCAGACUGAAGUAUCCUGUUUCAUCCAAACAAAAAAUUGCUCCUUCCACAGCAGGACUUGGAUACGGUGCCUGGGAGAUUGAGCCGAAGGACCUGACGUUCCUGAAGGAGCUGGGAACAGGGCAGUUUGGAGUGGUGAAGCACGGGAAGUGGAAAGGCCAGUACGAUGUGGCUAUCAAGAUGAUCAAGGAAGGCUGCAUGUCAGAGGAUGCGUUCAUCGACGAGGCCAAAGUCAUGAUGAACCUCUCCCAUGAGAAGCUAGUGCAGCUCUUUGGGGUCUGCACCAAGGAACGACCCAUCAUGAUCGUCACGGAGUACUUGGCCUUAGGCUGCCUCUUGGCCUACCUGAGGGACACUCGCCGGUCUUUCCAGAGCACUGAAUUUCUAGAGAUGUGCAAGGACGUCUGCGAAGCCAUGGAGUACUUGGAAUCCAAGCAGUUCCUGCACAGAGACCUGGCUGCUCGCAACUGUUUGGUGCACGGACAAGGCACCAUCAAAGUAUCUGAUUUUGGCCUCUCCAGAUACGUCUUGGACGAUGACUACAUUAGCUCCAUGGGGUCCAAAUUUCCAGUCCGCUGGUCCCCUCCAGAGGUUCUUCUGUACAGCAAGUUCAGCAGCAAAUCGGAUGUCUGGGCUUUUGGUGUUCUAAUGUGGGAAGUUUAUACUUUGGGGAAGAUGCCCUAUGAGAGGUUUACCAACAGCGAAACAACAGAACAUGUGACCACAGCCCUACGUCUGCUCUAUCGCCCCCAGCUGGCUUCUGAGAGAGUCUACAGCAUUAUGUACAGCUGCUGGCAUGAGAAAGCUGAGGAACGCCCCACCUUCCAAGUCCUCCUGGGAAACAUUUUGGAUUUAGCAAACGAAGACCCCUGAACAGUCUCCAGUCUCCACAUGAGAGUGCAUUACUAUUCAUUUGGGUCUGUCUCUGUGUUGAAUUCCUGUACAGAUACUGGAGGGAUGCAUCUGUGGGAACACAUCAUGCCUCCCACCCCAAAGGAAGAACCUAACCAGACCCAUCAAACAAUACCGAUGCCAUUUUCUUCCUUUGUGUAAUAAUUGGAUUGUUCCUGAAGUCACCAAUGCUAGAGGACAGAACAGCUAUGACAGCAGAUGUUGGUUAGGAACCCUUUUUGGCGGAAGCAAAGUCCUUUCAGUCUAGUGACCAAAUG